GGCUUUGUGCUUCGAAUUAAUCGUCAAAGUGAGAAGUAAAUAGAAAUAAAAUUCAUUGGAACUUUCAAAAACGUUUAACAAAUUAAAGUUUCUACGGUUUCAGAGUAAACGUUGAUUUUAUUAUGUCGCAUUAGAGGAUAUAAAAAGUCGGCAUAGAUUGUAGACCAACAACAAGUGUUAACCACAAUAACAUGAAUCAAUUUCAUUCAUCAACAACAACAUUUGGUGACGACAAGACAAAACGUAUGAUAAAUCUACACAACUCAUCGGAUGAAUAUCAUACGGCCAAUGAUGAUUCAUUUACCUCCGCUUCCAUAGGAUCACAACAGACAGCGGCAGCAAGCGGUGGCGGUGGCGGUGGUGGUGGUGCUGGUACGGUACAGCCCACAACAUUGGCGGCCCGCAAACAAAUGCCCAAUGAGCCCUCCAAACCAUUGUCGGCCUAUGCCUAUUUCUUUCGAGACACCGUGAGUGCCAUUAAACAACAGAAUCCCAGCUGUUCAUUUCAGGAGCUAUCGAAAAUUGUGGCCUCCAUGUGGGAGGCCUUGGAUCCGGCGCAUAAGGCUGGUUACAAUAAGAAAAACGAGGUGGCCAAGAAUGAUUAUAUCAAACAAAUGCGAAUUUACCGCCAACAACAACAACAACAGCAGCAACAACAAUCAACCACAGACGAAGGUUUAGGCCAAACAAAUGCGGCCGCAACAAUUCCACAACAAAUAAGCCUCGCCAACAACAACAAGCCUGCUUCUCUAUUCAGCAUGGAUAUCAAUCAACAACAAAAGCAAACAUCUCCAAAUGCAGCAGCAUUAGCCCCAAGUAAUAACACCAUACAACCGCAAAUGGUUAAUAUGGGCAACAACAACAACACUACUAUCCCUGCCAUUAACAACUCGCUUAAUAAUAGUAACACCACUGCCGCCACCUCCAUGGGCGACGCAGAGCCCGUGCUUGUGGUAAACGACAAUGAAACCGUACAGAAAUGCACCAGGGAAAAUUGCAAUAAACGGGCAAUUAUCAAUCCCGACUGGGAGGAUGAGUACUGCAGCAAUGAAUGUGUGGUCAUACAUUGUCGAAAUGUCUUCAAUGCCUGGGUGCAAUCGAAUCUAGAGGCUAAGCAACAGCAAUUAACACCCGACUUACACAAGCAACAGCAGGGAACAGCAACUUGAAAUGCCACCCGAGGGCAAUUAGUUGCAAUUUCAACAAUAGAUUGAUGCGACGAGAGAAAGAAACUUACAAAUACAAAUUGUAACGUUUUGGGUUUUUCAUUUUUAAAUUUUCUAUUUAAAACCAAGAAUUUCUUUUAUAAGUAGCGAUUAGUAUUUUAAGGGGUUUUAUUAUAUUUUUUGUAAUUUACUGAAUUAAAUUUAUUUGAAAAAAAAAAAAAAAAUAUGUAA